AUGACCUAAGUAGUCGCUUCCUGGACCGUGCCCUGCCAAGAGCUAACUAGCUAACAACAUAGCCAAACUUAGCUGCUCUCCUACCCUUCUUUAGGGACACUACAUUCUUGACAGCUGUGCGGCAGAGAGUUGGACAUCGUUUUUUUAUAUUGCUACUAGGGUAAUGUCAAAUUAUAUAAAAGCCUUUUUAGUGAGCUAACAAGUUGUUGCUUGAUAGGUAGCUACGUUAACUGAUUACAACUGCACGGGAUUAAUUGGAGCCCAGAACACUUGUAACCUUAGCUGGUGCAUAGCAUUAGUCUUUAGCUAGAUAGUGUUUCCAGUGUGAAGACUGGUUAUUCCAUUUUAACUGAACACUACAUUGAUAAUUCAUGAGUAUCACUUGGUAAGCGAAAUUCUGUGGCAGCUAGCUUAGCUAACAGGUUGGUUGUAUGUUAGCGCGCUAGAUAUAGCUAGAUAGCUAUCUUAGGUUCGCUAGCUUGCUGUGCUAUUAAGCUCCGAAAUGACGGGCCUUUCUCCGGAUACAUUUAGUAUGUAGAACAGAUUGCGUUUUUGGUCUUGCACGACGAAUUAUCGAGUCACUCUGAUUUUAAUGUCAGCGGAGUUAGCUGGAACAUUUUAGCUAGCACGAAAAUUCGCCAAGUAAAGCGCCUGUUAAGUUAACGUGUUGGUUGGCAAUCUAGACGGUCUCGUCCGCGAUUAUUCAACGAGAACUUGGUGCAUGAUGUCAGUUUAAUAGCGAUAGUAACGGUACAGUCCUUCUUGACUAGAAAGCUUGUUAUUUUCACUGGAUCUAAAGGUUGAUUUAUAUGGAUGUUUUCGUUCUAAUGAGAGUUUAGUAAGCUCAAUGACAACCCCAGUCAUUGCUCAUUAAGGCGCAUCCUCUUUAUGUCUUUGAUAUAUUAAUUCGCAUGCCAGUUUAAAAAAAGAUAGUUGGCAAGAUUGUGAAAUUGAAUAUGGCUCCCAAGAAAAGACCACUACCCUUAAUAAUCGGCGGUACAGGAGAAGCACAGACCCCAGCUUCUAAUAUCGGCGCUGCUUCAGAAGCACAUCUAGAGGCCCUUCAAAAGAAACUAGAGGAGCUUGACUUGGAUGAUCAGCAGAAGAAGCGCUUGGAGGCCUUCCUCACGCAGAAAGCCAAAGUGGGAGAGUUGAAGGAUGAUGACUUUCAGCACAUCUGUGAGCUGGGAGCAGGAAAUGGUGGUGUGGUUAAUCAAGUUUGCCACAAGCCCUCUGGACUGGUCAUGGCCAGGAAGCUCAUUCAUCUUGAGAUCAAGCAAGCAAUCAGGAACCAGAUCAUUCGAGAACUUCAGGUCCUCCAUGAGUGCAACUCUCCUUAUAUAGUAGGCUUUUAUGGAGCUUUCUACAGCGAUGGAGAGAUCAGCAUCUGUAUGGAGCACAUGGAUGGCGGUUCUCUGGAUCAGGUACUGAAAGAGGCUCGGAGAAUUCCAGAAGAAAUCCUGGGGAAAGUCAGCAUUGCUGUUUUAAGAGGUCUUGCCUACCUCAGAGAAAAACAUCAGAUCAUGCACAGAGAUGUCAAGCCCUCAAAUAUACUGGUAAACUCAAGAGGGGAAAUCAAACUGUGUGACUUCGGAGUGAGUGGCCAGCUCAUUGACUCCAUGGCUAACUCUUUCGUAGGCACAAGGUCAUAUAUGUCGCCGGAGAGACUGCAGGGCACUCAUUAUUCAGUGCAGUCAGACGUGUGGAGCAUGGGGCUGUCUCUGGUAGAGCUGGCCAUCGGCCGCUACCCGAUCCCUCCCCCAGAUGCCAAGGAGCUGGAGGCCAUCUUCGGACGCCCUGUGAUGAAUGUAGCGGGGGGAGAGAUGCACGGCACCUCCGCACGACCCAGACCCCCCGGCAGACCUGUCAGCGGACAUGGGCCUGUCAUGGCUAUAUUUGAGCUGCUGGAUUACAUUGUCAAUGAGCCUCCACCUAAACUGCCUCAUGGAGUCUUCACUGCUGAUUUCCAUGACUUUGUGACCAAAUGUCUCAUGAAAAAUCCUGCAGACAGGGCAGACCUGAAGAUGCUGAUGAACCACACAUUUAUUAAGCGCUCAGAGGUGGAAGAGGCAGACUUCGCAGGCUGGUUGUGUAAAACCAUGGGCUUCAACCAACCCAGCACCCCCACUCGGACAACUGAAUAACUAAAUUAAAGAACAUGUUUCCUUAAAGACACACACACACACACACACACACACACACACACACCAUCAGUCUCUCUGUCGCCCACCCUUGCCUUCAGAUCUCUCAUUUGUCACUUUUGAGUCUGUCACAGUUUUGCAAACAGGACUCAUUUACGGAGCAGUUUAUAGACCUGCCAUCAUCCUGCACACAUACUCUGCCCAACCAUAAAUUGACUGAGCAGUUUUCGGGUAAGCAUAUAGACAGCUGUCGCAAAUACACUUUCACGUCCACGUAUAUGCAUGCACACAUACACAAACACAUGCACACAUUUUCAAGUUAAGGCCUCUCAGGUGAAUCUUAUAUUAAUAAUUGUAUAGAUAUAUUACUUUUUCUGGGCUUUGAUCAUGUGCUACAGUUAAUAUAUACAGUAUAAAGACAAAAUGUACAUCUCAGUCACUGUUAUCAGGCAGUCAUGAUGAGUUCAGUGCUUCAUGAGUCAUUUUUGCCAUUGACAUGAACCAGAAAUGAUUGUACGGCUUUUAGCCUUUAACUCAAUAAAAAAAAAAAUCUUGUGAUUGUAACGAUUUA